AUGCUUCGCCGAUUGAAUGCUCGUCUCCCAUGCGCCGCAGCGGCUUCUUUCUACCAAAGUCACUCUGCGGCGUUCUUCUCCACCGGAACCUCUCGUUUCAUGCGAUUCCCCUUGGCAAAGCGUGCCACGCUCGCGGGUCUAGGGGGUUCAUCCGCUUUUCGCGCCUUUACAACGCCCUCCCGACCCUCGUUCAUUCACGUUAGAGGCGGUGAGAUCCGGCGCAGGGAUACCCCCAUGACGUGGGAUGGGACCCCUUCGCGUGGGAGCGAGGCCGACAGCCUCACCCCGUACGUCCGUGAGCACCUCACACGGGUUUACACGCUCCUCGCCACCGGUUGUGUGGCGGCAGGGCUUGGCAGCCUCUUAAUGAUCGCGACGCCACUUGCGAAGGUCAUUCCAUUUUGGAUGCCCAUGGUGGGUGGGUUCAUUCCACUACUUUGGUUGAGUUUCGCACCGCCGGCGAAUCCAGGGCUGAAAAUCGCCCUCUUUUACGCCUUUACGCUGCUGGAAGGGAUGGCCAUCGCGCCGUUGGUGCUCAUGACGGCGGCGAAAGGGGUGUUGACGACUUCCUUGGUCUUGACGGCGGCCGUUUUCUUUGGGUUCAGCGCCGCGGCGUACCUCGCCCCACGCGCCUCGCUCGUGGCGUGGCAGGGGCCGCUUUAUGGGGCGCUGAUCGGCAUGGUGGCGAUCUCCGUUCUGAACAUUUUCUACCCCACCGCGAUUGUCCACUCCAUCAUCCUCUAUGGUGGCUUAGCGCUUUUUUCGAUUAUGAUCUCCAGUGAUACCCAGAUGAUGAUUGAACGGGCUCGCUGUGGGGCUGGGGAUCACGUGCAAGACGCUUUACGGAUGUUUAUGAACGUUAUCAAUAUCUUCAUCCGUAUUGCUCAAAUUAUGGGUAGUAUGAACCGCUAA